AUGUUCUCUAAUCUCUACAGGCAAUGUCUGGUUGAAAAACAUUUUGUUUAUAAUUUAUUUCCUCUCUGUAAAUGGAGCCAAUGUUUUGCUAGUAGUCAACCCGAAUUAGCUACAGAAAGUACUAUUCAGGCAUUUGAAGAACCUGAAAAACGUUCUAUAAAAUUGGAACAGAGAUUCAUCUAUCCUGAGUUUCUUCCAGAUCCUAAAAUAGAAUGGAGGAAUUCCAUACGCGAAAGAUUAGAGCGUCAAGACAUGUUAAAAAGGCGAUCACAGAUUGAAAUUCCUGAGUUUUAUGUUGGGACAAUCAUGGCCGUAACUUCAUUUACUCCUCAUUCUACAUCCAAAAAGAACAGAUUUCUUGGAAUUUGUAUUCAAAGGAAAGGUUGUGGCCUAAGAGCAACUUUUGUUCUCAGAAACAUCAUUGAUAAUUUAGGUACUGAAGUUGCUUACCAUCUGUAUGAUCCUACAAUUGAAAAAAUAGAAGUUAUAAGAUUAGAAAAACGGUUGGAUGAUGAACUUUUUUAUUUGAGGGAUGCACUUCCGGAAUACAGUACUUUCCCACUUGAUAUGGAACCAGUGAUUCUUCCAGAUAAUACCCCAAUUCCUGUUAAUACAACACAGGUAAUUUUAAAACCUCGACCAUGGGUCGGAAGAUGGGAAAGGACAGAUUUUAAAGGUAUUAAUAGGGAACACAUGAUGACACUCAUAUCAGACAAAAUGAAAAUGCAAAUUGCUAAACAUCAAAAGCCAUGGGAGAAAUAUGAUUUAAUGAAACAAUACAGGGCUACGAUACCUGAGGAAGAACAAAAAGAAAUCUUUGCUGAGGUCUAUUCACAAUUGCAUCAACUAGAAUUAGGCAAGAAAAAAUCAAAAAGAAUACGGACAUUCGUCAAGCCAAAGAAAUCAGCAUAA